UCCCCAAGGAAAACGACUGGCCAAACUGAAGGCUGUGUUAUCUCUGCUGGGAUGUCGUUGUCUGAAAGUGCUGCGUCAUGUAAAGUGAGUGAAGAACCCCCCCCUUCACCCCCUCCUGACCCCCUGAGGCUGGUUCUGCUGGGACGGACCGGAACAGGCCGGAGCUCCUCUGGAAACACCAUCCUGGGCCGGACCGCCUUCUGCGUCAACGUGUCCCCCUCCUCCGUCACAACACACUGCACCACACACACAGGGGCGGUGCUCGGGAGGAGGGUCUCUGUGGUGGACACCCCGGGCUUCCUGCACACACACCUGUCCCCUGAAGAGGUCAUGAAGGAGGUGGGACGAUCCGUGGCGAUGUCUUCUCCGGGGCCUCAUGCCUUCCUGGUGACCCUACAUCUCGGCAGGUUCACCCCGGAGGAGAAGGAUGCGUUGGAGUGGGUGAAGGCCACGUUUGGGCCUGGAGCCGCCAUGUUUACAGUGGUUCUGUUCACCUGGGGGGGGCAGCUACGAGGGAAACGGGUGGAGGACUUCCUGGGGGAGAGUCCUGAGCUGUGGGAGUUUGUUAACAGCUGUGGGGGGUAUCAUGUUUUUGAGAAUAGUGAAACACAUGAAACCCCAACCGGCUCACAACAAGUAAUUCAGCUUUUAAACAAGAUAGAUGAGGUUGUGGCGAAAAAUGGAGGCAGUUGCUAUAGCAAUGAUGCGUUUAAGGAGGCUCAGAGGGCCGUGAAGGACGCACAGGAGAGGAUUCUUGGAGAGAGAAGACACAACGUUGAUCAAGAGAAAGAGGAGCAGAGGUCGGAGGUGGAGAAGAAGAGGGAAGAGGAGGAGAGGAAAAGGGUGGAGAGGCUUUUCUGGUGCGAGCUGGUGACAGCGGUGGGGAAGGGGGCAGCGGAGGGGGCCGGGAUCCUGGGGAAGGACGAGGCGAAAGGGAAGGAGGUGAGGAAGGUGAAGGUGAUGGGGAGGGCGGCGGCUCUGGCAGCGUCGCCUCUCUCCAUCACUUCUGCUGCUAAAGCCGUGGGUGGAGCUGUGAGGGAAGGGAGCAAGGUGCUGUAUAAACACAGGAAAACCUUCAUGAAAACUCCACACUGAAAAGUCACUCAGGUGGAUAAUGUCAGGAUGCAAAUCAUUUGAUUUAUUUUUUAUUAUCGAUGUAAUAAGAUUUUUGAAGAUGUCACUAAAAGUGUACAAUGUGUCCUAUUUUACUUAUACAUGUUUUAUUAUUUUUUUAUCCUUUGUUGCACAUUUUUAC